GUGUGUGUGUGUGUGUGUGUGUACUAGUGUACUGAGUUCUAUGAGGGUGUGAGACUAAGGCUUGCAGAGUUUGGUAAGAUGUUGUGACAAGAACAGGAACCCCUUCCCUUUUUUCUGCAUCCUAGACCCCUCUCUACCCCGCUCUGCAGGAUCUGGACAGCUGCCUGCCAGGGUCUCAUUUCUCCUUUACAUGUUAGGUGGCUUUUUUCGCCUGUAAAUUCUUGUUUGGUGCUCAGGACUUGCUUCUGGCUCUGCAUUCAGGGAUCGCUCCUGGCGAGCUCAGGAGACCUUCUGGGGUGCCGGGGAUCCAACCUACGCGGAAGGCCAGCGCCCUACCCUUCGUGCUCAGGAUCGGCCCCCUGGGUCAGGCUUUUCCGGGCGUGGCGGCCCGUUGCCUGCCGGGAAAUGCAGUCCAGGCCUGCUGCUUCCUUCAUCGCCUCGCGGGCGGUUUCCGAGGCGUCGGCUCGCGCAGGCGCACUGGCGCCGCGCGACCCCGCUUCCGGUCGGCGCCUGGUGGCUGUUGGCUCGCGCUGCGGCCUCCGGCGUUGCGGGCGGCGGGACGGGCGGGUGGACCCGGCUUCGCGUGCGCCCAGUCCAGACGCGAGCUGCAGCGGGCGGGGAGGCCCGGACACCGAUUGCCCGCCGGCGCCGGCCCAAGGCCCGCGGGGUGCAGCCAGUGACGGUCCAUCUAGAUCUCCUCCAGCACCGAAAAUGAGUGGAUCUCAGGGGCCUGUGUCCUUUUGGGAUGUGGCCGUGGACUUCACCCAGGAGGAGUGGCGGCAGCUGGACGCCGAGCAGAAGAUAAUCUACAAAGACGUGAUGCUGGAAAGCUACGGCCACCUCGUCUCCCUGGGGUACGAUGGCACCAAACCAAAUGUCAUCAUCAAGUUGGAGCAGGGAGAGGAGCCCUGGAUAGCAGAAUGUGAAUAUACUUGUCAGAAUUAUGCAGGAAAAAAACAGAGAGUUGACGACCUGAUAGAGAGGAUUCAGGACAUUGAAGACAAACACUUAAGGCAAGCUGUUGGCACCCAUAGCAAAGUCCUGGGUGAAGGGAGAGGGCCUGCAGUUGAUGGAGCUCAGACGGAAAGUUUGGUUUCUUCUGGCAUGGUGUCUCACAAUUGUGCAUCUUGUGGGAAGAACUUAGACUCUGCUUCAAAAUUAAUAAUUAGUGAUGGAAGUUAUGCAAGAAGAAAAACCAAUGGGUGUAGUCAAUGUGGGAAAGCAUGUGGAGAAAAAUCAUACGAAUUUACUCAAAAUGGAGAAGCUUGUUCUCAAAGUGAGGAAAGUAUUAUUCAGAAAGUGAGCAUUUUGGAGAGGCCCCUUGACUACAAUAAAUGCAUGGAAGCCUUAGACAACGAAACCGCUUUCCUUACUCAUAAGAACCCAUUUACAGGAGAGUCCACCUGUGAGUGGAAUGGUUCUGGGUCAGAUUUCAUCCAGAUGUCAGAGUUUAAUGUUUACCAGAGAUCCCAAACAGAAAUGAAGCCCUUUGAAUGUAGCGAAUGUGGAAAGUCCUUCUGUAAAAAGUCAAAAUUUAUUAUACACCAGAGAGCUCACACAGGAGAGAAACCUUAUGAAUGUAACGUUUGUGGGAAAUCCUUCAGCCAAAAGGGAACCCUAACUGUGCACCGGAGAUCCCAUUUAGAAGAGAAGCCCUACAAAUGCAACGAGUGUGGGAAGACUUUCUGUCAGAAGCUCCAUCUUACUCAGCAUCUAAGAACUCAUUCAGGAGAGAAACCCUAUGAAUGUAGUGAGUGUGGGAAAACGUUUUGCCAAAAAACACAUCUCACCCUGCACCAGAGAAAUCAUUCUGGCGAGAGACCCUACCCAUGUACGGAAUGUGGGAAGUCUUUCUCCCGCAAGUCUGCCCUCAGUGAUCAUCAGAGAACACACACAGGAGAGAAGCUCUAUAAAUGUAACGAGUGCGGGAAAUCCUACUACCGGAAAUCAACACUCAUCACUCACCAGAGAAUACACACGGGAGAGAAACCCUAUCAGUGUAGCGAAUGUGGAAAAUUUUUUUCUCGGGUGUCGUACCUCACUAUUCAUUAUAGAAGUCAUUUAGAGGAAAAACCCUAUGAAUGUAAUGAAUGUGGAAAGACUUUCAACUUAAAUUCUGCCUUCAUUAGACACAGGAAAGUACACACAGAUGAGAAACCUCACGAAUGUAGUGAGUGUGGAAAGUUUUCUCUGUUUUCCUGUCUCCCUGAUCAUCACACGACUCCUUUAGGAGAGAAACCUUAUGAAUGUAAUGAAUGUGGAAGAACCUUCCUGGAAAAUGCAGCUUUCCCAUCACUCCCAAAAGGGGAGAAAUCCUAUGAAUGUAACAUAUGUGGGAAAUUGUUCUCUGAGUUGGCCUACUAUACUGUGCAUUAUAGAAGUCACUCAGAAGAGAAGCCCUAUGGUUGUAGUGAAUGUGGGAAAACUUUCUCCCAUAAUUCUUCUCUCUUUCGACAUCAGAGAGUGCACACAGGCGAGAAACCCUAUGAGUGUUAUGAGUGUGGAAAAUUCUUCUCUCAGAAGUCUUAUCUCACAAUACAUCAUAGAAUUCAUUCCGGAGAGAAACCCUACGAGUGUAGUAAAUGUGGAAAGGUCUUCUCUCGAAUGUCAAACCUCACUGUCCACUAUAGAAGCCACUCGGGAGAGAAGCCCUACGAAUGUAAUGAAUGUGGGAAAGUGUUUUCUCAGAAGUCAUACCUCACUGUACAUUAUCGAACUCAUUCGGGAGAGAAACCCUAUGAAUGUAGUGACUGUGGGAAAAAAUUUCACCACAGGUCAGCUUUCAAUAGCCAUCAGAGAAUCCACAGGAGAGGCAGCAUGAACCUGCUUGAUAUGGAAAAUCUCCUGUAGGGAGUUGGGUAUUAUUUGGGAAGGAGAUCAGGCUUUUGGAGAAAUUUAGCUUUUUUUUUUUUUCUUUUUGGGUCACACCCGGCGAUGCUCGGGUUACUCCUGGCUCUGCACUCAGGAAGUACUCCUGGUGGUGCUUGGGGACCAUAUGGGUUGCUGGGAAUCAAACCCAGGUCAGCUGCGUGCAAGGCAAACGCCCUACCAGCAGUGCUAUUGCUCCAGCUCUGAGCUCAUUUUUAUUUUAACUUUUUACAGUGGAAUAAAUGUAAGAAACAGUGAAGUCUUCAGCAAGAUCCUACAACUUAUUGAGCACUUAGUAACUUAUGCAGCAGCUGAACAAUUUUUUAUUCAAAUUGUACUUAAAAAUCAGGGAAUUGUAUCAAGUAGAAGUAAAGUGAAUGUGGAAGAUAUAUUGUCUUAAAAUAUAUAAUACUAAAAGCCAUAUUUCUGUUCGAAAAUGUUUUUAGGAAAUAUACCAGAUGCUAUUAGCUCUGAAUAAACAUUGUGUAAAGUUUUCAGUUUA